AUGCCCCUGACGCCUGGUAGAGAGAGAUGGAGAUCGCAAUUACGCAAACUAAACUCCUUGUCCAGCGGCAUCCGCGGCCUACAAGCCAAGUUGACUUUACUGAGAGAAGAGUCUGAUCGCAGUCUUAACGAGUCCGAUGACAUAUCCGAGCUCGGCUCUAGUCUGAUGUUGCAAUACGAGUCUAUCGGAACAGACCUGAAGAUUCUGAUGCAGGCUUGGGAAGAGGGUAAAGCAGCGCUCGCCCUGGGUAUCGACCGGAACGAGAAGAGGCUGUCUUCUAUGAGCACACUGCUCUCCCCAACCAGCUCGCUAAGCGGCCUCACGACAGUUGACGAGGGUGGAGCUGCCGAAGCUCUCAAGGCGCUGAAUGGAGAGUCUCCCUCCAGCCUGGACUUCAGCAGCGCAGGGGAACCUGACACGGAAGAGAUCUUUGAGGCAGUUGCCCAGCCUAGGCCCCGCAGCCUAUUGACGAGAGACGAGCGCAUCAUCAAGAUGAGAGAAGAGCGGGAAAAGCGAGAAAUCGCCAAAGAAAAGGCUGACGCCAACAGGGGUAUGAUGAAGGAGCUCGAGAUGGUCAUCAACCUCCGACCCCGCCCAAGGACUGGGACGAAUCCGGCACGCAUCGUUUCGAUGUGA